GGAGAUUGUAUUACUCAAAUUUUCCAAAGCAAAUUUGAGCAUACAUAGAAGUUUGAAAACCACAUAUGGCGGGUAGUAGCAGGAAUCCUCUCGCUGUUGGUCGUGUAAUUGGUGAUGUGAUAGAUUCCUUUGAAAAUUCUGUUCCUCUCCGAGUCACCUAUGGUAAUAGAGAUGUGAAUAAUGGUUGUGAGCUUAAACCCUCUCACGUUGGCAAUCAACCCAGAGUGAGUGUUGGUGGAAACGAUCUCAGAAACGUCUAUACCCUAGUUCUUGUGGAUCCUGAUUCACCCAGCCCAAGUAACCCUACUUUUAGGGAGUACCUUCAUUGGUUGGUGACCGAUAUUCCAGCAACUACUGAAGUCAGUUUCGGUAACGAGAUUGUGAGUUACGAAAGGCCACGACCUACCUCGGGGAUCCAUCGUUUCGUGUUCAUAUUAUUCCGCCAGCAGUGUAGACAAAGGGUUUAUGCUCCAGGAUGGCGACAGAAUUUCAACACAAGAGAAUUUGCUGAACUCUACAAUCUUGGUUCACCAGUUGCUGCUGUUUUCUUCAACUGUCAGAGGGAGAGUGGCUCUGGUGGAAGAACAUUUAGAUAAUUACAUCAACUAUAUGAAGUUAAUGUCAAAGUGGAAGCUUAUAGUUAGUUAUUAUUAGUUAUAUAGUGAAAUGCAAGAUCCAAAUAAAGGCUAUUUAUAGUUUAUAUAUACACAUUACAAGCAAGCACUAUUUAUAUAUAUGUGUGUGGUUUUAUGUUUGUGUACGUAUAUCAUCAAUAAAGAGCUGACCACUGCCCAUUGUUAUAGACCGGGUUUAUGUUUUUUUCUUUUUUUUGUUAUUUAAAUUAAAAUAUAUAAAAUAAAAUAAAGAAAUAGAAAACCCUCUCUCAAUGGAAAUAUCUUCAUUCUUGUUCUAUAUAAUGUCUCCCAUCUCUCCCAGCACUUCAAAGUUCAAAUCAGAAACAGAUCCAACUUUUUUCUCAUACUAGAAACCGAUUUUAGUAAUUUGUGAAUCUCCCCCAAAUCAGAAGCUACCUCUAAGGCUAAGAAUCAUACAAUGAGUUGAGAAACCCUAGUUAACAAGUGGUGGUUACCUGGGAGUGAUGGCGGUGGCGGAUCUGGCGGAUGCAGCGUCUGUGGUGGUGGAGAACUCUAUUUGUAACAUUGAAAAAUCAGAUCGUGAUGGUUGUGGCUGAUAUGUGUAUUUUUUAGGUACUUCAGAUACAUAGCUAAUUGGGGUUCAUCUGAUUUAUGAUAAG